AUGCGCUCUGCGCUCGCCAGCGACUCGGGUGCAAUCAACCCCACCAGACCAUCGGUGGGGAAAAAGAGGGGGCGAAGAAAAACCCCAUUGCCAUCUUCCAAUGACGGCAGCGCGUCAUCCUCCGGCACUGAGGUGCCGGAAAAGACGAUGGCCAUCGAGGAGGUGACUCCGAUGGUUUCGGGGUCUGCUGCUGCGUCGGAAGACGCGAUGCCUGCUCCCCAGUGGGCACCAGUAAGGAGGAGGGGCGCGGUGUCACCGGCGACGUCGGUGGAGUCGAUGUCGACGUCGGCUGCGUCCCUGGCUAGCGGGGACGAGACGUUCCGGGACCUCGACCUUGCGCUUGUUAAUUUGGGUAAGCUGCUGUCGACUGUGGCUGCCAAGGGCGCCGAGCCAGGCAGCAGUUACCGGAAAAGACUCCGGGAGGCAGCCGCCAUGGUUAAAACGAGGCUGAUCCCCACCAUGUCCAAGCUCCAUGACUUGGUAGCGAGCCGAGAGGUGGAGAGCAAAGGUCACGUCUCUCAGUUUGACUCCAGAGAGAGUCACAUCCCGGGAGACACCCCGGCAUUGCGGGGAGGGACUCCCCUGUUGCCGAGGCCCGCGCUGCCAUGCACUGGGCCCCCCGCGGGGGCGAUGGAUACUACUGUGCACUUGCGGUCCGCGAUGAGUGCGGUGGCACCCAUGCCAGAGCCCACCUCCGAGGCCCCUGUUUCGCUGGCGCCUACUCCUGCGAUCCCUCGCCCUCCACGAAGGGUUGAGCUAAGGCCUGCGCCACCUCCGCGGAUAUCGGCCGCCCCUGCAUCUGCACGUAGAGGAAAGCUAAACCCUACGCCAGCGCGGGCUGAGGACAUCCGUUCGCCACUGGCGAGGAUGGUGGAUGAGUGGCCAGCGCUACCGCGGCCCAGGCCUGCAGAGCCGCCUCUUUCGCCCUCGCGUGCUGCGGGGUCACAGAGGCCAUACAACAUGGCUGCUGGGACGGAAGAAGUAGACCACUCCCUCCCAAGCAGAGAGGAAAUGGUGGCCUGCAUUUCGCGGGCGGUGGCGGUUGAGGUUGGCAAGCACUUUGCCAGCCUCGAGAAGAUACUCCGCUCCUCCAAUGGCUCCGGAGACUGUGUCCCGGCGCCAACAAACGCCGCCGUCCCGCGGGGCCAGGCCGCCCGGUCGACCUCCACCCCCACCUCAUCCACAAGGUUGGCACGACGUGGAGGCCGCAAUCAAAAUAACAGGGGUACGGGUGCCCAAAAUCCUGCCCUGAAAUCCCAGCCCCGUCCCCUUCCUCCUCCCCCGUCAAGCAUGGACGAUGGUUGGACGGAAGUGGUGAAGCGGGGCAAGAAAGGUAGGCAACAGACAGAGGCUCUGGCAGCUCCCAGAGGGGGUCGAUCGCUGACCGCUGCAGCCCGAAGCACAGAGCUGGUGGCCGUGGCUGCUCCUCGCGAGAGUCGAGCACCGGCCACCAACAAGAAGCAGAACGCCAAGAAGAAGAAGACGCGCGCGCGCGCGGCCGUCAACUUAGCAGAAAUCGGGGCAGAGGAAGGCCUCCGCUUCCGGCAUACCGCCAAUGGAGCGAAGCUGCUGGAGUGUCCCGGUGCGGAUAGUUCUGGUGUCGCAGACAGACUAGUGGCGACGCUCCGCGUGGCGCUGCCGGAGAAUGAGGUGCGCGUGCACAGGCCGGCGACUCUACGUCGGCCGUCUCGGUACGCCAACUCAUUAGGAUACUCAAGCUGUGCUGCUAGUGUCCCGGAAUACCCCGCGCUGGACCAAAACUAG